AUGAGCUCCUCAAUCCGCACAGGACUAUCGGCAUUGUCGCUGUCCUCUCUGCCCGUGACAGGCACUCGCCGGGCUACCAGCGUGUAUGCUGGUUCCGUUGGUAGAAGUGCGCAAAUGUCAUAUGGCACUGGGCUCAGCUCGGGCAUGGACAUGGGCUGGUCUGUUGGCGGCGGAAUCAUGGAUGCUGCCACAUUCGCCGGCAGCGAAAAAGUGACCAUGCAGAAUCUCAACGACCGCCUGGCCAGUUACCUGGAUAAGGUGCGCUCCCUGGAGAAUGCCAACGCUAAAUUGGAGCGUCAAAUCCGUGAGUGGUAUGACAAGCAGACACCAAUUACGAGAGAUUACUCCAAGUACCAGCCAAUUAUCGAUGAACUACGCAGAAAGAUCAGUGAAGCUGCUCAGACAAAUGCCAGGCUGAUGCUGCAGAUUGAUAAUGCAAGACUGGCAGGAGAGGACUUCAGAAUCAAGUAUGAGAAUGAGCUGGCUGUACGCAUGUCAGUGGAAGCGGACAUUGCUGGACUCCGCAAAGUUGUGGAUGACCUGACUGUGGCUCGUACGGACUUGGAGAUGCAAGUGGAGGGUCUUAAGGAAGAGCUGAUCUAUUUGAAGAAGAACCAUGCGGAGGAGAUGGCGGCAUUGCGUAACCAAGUGAGUUCCUCUUCUGUGAAUGUAGAAGUGGAUGCCAGACCCCAGGAAGACAUGAGCAGGACCAUCGAGGAGAUCAGAAGACAGUACGAGACUAUCACUGAGAAGAACCGCCGCGAUAUGGACAACUGGUACAAGGCCAAGUUUGACGAUUUGAACAAGCAAGUUGCGGACAGCACGGCAAACCUUCAGACGUCCCGCACUGAAAUUAGCGAGCUCCAGAGAACAUUGCAGGCCCUGCAGAUUGAACUCCAGUCUCAGAUUAGCUUGAGAGCUGCUAUUGAGAGUCAAGUGGCAGAAACAGAGUCCCGUUACGCCAUGCAACUGAGCCAGCUCCAAGCCAUAGUCAAUGGCCUGGAGAACGAGCUUGCCCAGAUGAGGUUGGACAUUGAGAGGAAGACAUCAGAAUACCAGAUUCUGCUCGACAUUAAGACCAGGCUGGAGAUGGAGAUCGCUGAAUACAGAAGAUUGCUGGAUGGGGAAGAUGUCAAAACCAUACAAGUUGUUGAAGUGGUCAAAGCUCCAGAACCAGUCAGAACCCAGAGGACGAGAGUUGUGGUCGAGGAAAUCGUAAAUGGCCAAGUGGUGUCCCGCACAGAAGAUGUGGAUGUUGUUAAGAAGUAG